AGGCAGAGAGUUGGCUUGCCUGGUGUGUGCGGGUGUGGGUGAUGAGCUGGCGCGGCGAGCUUCGAUCGUGAGAGCGAGUGCGCGUCGGUCUGGACAGCAAUGCCCGAGGGCCGCGACGGCCCUCUCCCCUCCCUGGUGGUAAAAGAUCGCGUUGCCCCAAUGUACGCCUGCCCGCGGGAAGAAUCCCGCCCGCCAAGUUGUCGUCUUCUUGCAUACAUCUGGGCAUGCUGGACUGUGUGGAUGCGCAUGCGUGUACGGACAUAUGUACACGCAUGCGCACAUACCUACAUGUGCGUUCUCUCCUGCCCCUACUCAGGCUAGGCGGAGGGAGGUAAGCAAGGAGCAAGUAGGAAGACAGGAUGUCUACCGUAGAUUUCCAGCAGCUGGUCCCAUCCCAGAUACCGUCUAUGUUCGGGGUGGAGAGCAGGAUAAUUCACGCGGCGUGUCGAGCGAGCGCGCGUAUGGCUCGCAGCUGGCUGCAUGGUCUGUCGGUUUAUUUACCGCCUACGCGUUCCUGGCUUUUUCUUUUUCUUGGCCAUUAUUCUCGCGGGCCACGUACCAUAUUUAUCUGUCUACCUAACUUGCUACAUACGCGCGUAUAUACAUACAUACGUGCAUGCGUACCUCUCCGUUUCCGCCUAGGCGCCGGUCGGGCGGCGGGCGGAGUAAUUUCACAUCAAGAGGCGGCAGGACGACCCCCGAGCCACGUCGGCGGCACGGUGAGGCUUGUCGCGGUGCGGUCUAUCACGACGCGCCAGGCUGGAUUCGGGCGAAGGUUGCGUAUUUAUGAUGGUUGUGGCUGUCGCGGUUUGAGAGCGAACACGAGACAACUUCCCCCUCCCCCCCCCUCUUCCGUUCUUCUCACCCUCCUGUCGACCUUUCCAAGUGCUUAUCUUGCUCACUGCGAACUCGAUGCUUUUUUCACUUUCAUUUUUCGAGGGCGCCCUGUUUUCAACCUGCGGAGGCGCCAUGCACACGGGCGCAUUGUGGUAACUGGGUAGAAAAGGGGGAGACAUGCAGGAAGAAUCUAUCGCCGACAUCAGAGCGGGAAAAGGGGGAAAGGGGGGUAGGAUAAGCCAGCCUGAAAGCUCAAGAAAUAGAGCGGGAGAAAUGCUACCCAAGAAAACUCCAGUAUGAUCAUCUCGCGCCGUGUUGAAUUUUCACGUGGCCAGUAUCAAGGGUAA